GCUGCCCGCAGCCCGUGGAUGCGCUGAGCGCUCGGGCACGGAGCCGCCGGCCCCGCCGCUGCGGAGCCCGCAGGCCUUUGUUAAUCCCCGCGGCUCUCUGCGUUCCGCUGCCUCCUGCUUCCUGUGCCCGGGCGGCGGCGGCGGGGGCUGCGCGCUUUUUUUUUUUUUAAAACCUCCCUUUUUUUUUUUUUUUUUUUUAAAUUAAAUUAAAUCCCUUUUCGCCAUGGGAUGUACCCUGAGCGCCGAGGAGCGGGCCGCCCUGGAGCGCAGCAAGGCCAUCGAGAAGAACCUGAAGGAGGACGGCAUCAGCGCGGCCAAAGACGUGAAGCUGCUCCUGCUCGGGGCCGGCGAGUCGGGGAAGAGCACCAUCGUGAAGCAGAUGAAGAUCAUCCAUGAGGAUGGCUUCUCUGGAGAAGACGUGAAGCAGUACAAGCCAGUGGUCUACAGCAACACUAUACAGUCGCUGGCAGCUAUUGUACGUGCCAUGGAUACCUUGGGCAUCGAAUAUGGUGACAAGGAACGAAGGGCUGAUGCCAAGAUGGUCUGUGAUGUCGUAAGUCGGAUGGAGGACACAGAGCCCUUCUCUCCAGAGCUGCUGUCAGCUAUGAUGAGACUCUGGGCAGACUCUGGGAUCCAGGAAUGCUUCAACCGGUCCCGGGAAUAUCAACUCAAUGACUCGGCCCAAUACUACCUAGACAGCUUAGAUCGAAUCGGAGCUGCAGACUACCAGCCCACGGAGCAGGACAUCCUUCGAACCAGGGUCAAAACAACUGGCAUCGUAGAAACUCACUUCACAUUCAAAAACCUUCACUUCAGGCUCUUCGAUGUCGGGGGCCAGCGGUCGGAACGCAAGAAGUGGAUCCACUGCUUUGAGGACGUCACAGCGAUCAUUUUCUGCGUGGCGCUGAGCGGCUAUGACCAGGUGCUCCAUGAAGAUGAAACCACGAACCGCAUGCACGAAUCACUGAAGCUGUUUGACAGCAUCUGCAACAACAAGUGGUUCACAGAUACGUCCAUCAUCCUCUUUCUAAACAAGAAGGACAUAUUUGAGGAGAAAAUCAAGAAAUCUCCAUUGACUAUCUGCUUUCCUGAGUACACAGGCCCCAGCUCCUUCACCGAGGCAGUGGCGUACAUCCAGGUGCAGUACGAGAGCAAGAACAAGUCGCCCAACAAGGAGAUCUACACACACAUCACCUGUGCCACUGACACCAACAACAUCCAGUUCGUCUUCGAUGCUGUCACGGACGUCAUCAUCGCCAACAACCUGCGGGGCUGUGGACUCUACUGAGGCCUCGGCAGACAGGUCCCCCUCCUGCUUCCCCUCCUUGGAGGGCGAUGAGGAAGGAACAUGUGAACCCUUCCCUCUGCCCAGAACUGCAGCAUUCCACCUUCCCCAGCCCCCUCCUGGCUUAUUUGGGUCUAUUUUCGGUGAAUUCCCCUCGCUGCCUCUUUCUGCUCCUCCGUUCCCAUUCGCAGUGCUGUAGGAGCUGAUACAUUUCCCACAAAGUGCAUUUCAACUGCCAAUAACCAGAAAUACCCCAUUUAAAAAAAAUAAUAAUAAUCAAAGCCUUAAAAUAUCUGUCAGCAACAGCAUAGUUUGGAUCCAAACCCAUUUUUUUUCUCCUUGGAAUUAAGGGAUAUUUGUAAUGCUUAUUAUUUAUCUCUUCCAAAAUUGCCAUCUCUUGGGCAGCACCAAAUUGUUUUGAUCCCACGGCUCCAGGUCCUGUCCCAGGAGAGCCCCAGCAGCCCGGGUCUGUGCUCCCCUCUCUUUCAGUGACACAGCCACUGGGGCUUGAGUGGGACGGCCACAGUUACGGAACCUCCUAAGUACUGCCUAAAAUUGUUGCAGAUAACAGUUUUACCUCAAGUUGUUCAGAAUUAAUGUUAAAACCCACCUGGUGCUCCCAGUAAUGCGGCUCCUGUCCCCAGCCCUUUUGCGUUUUGCUGGUCCAAUGUGGAAUGGCCGUAGGGAAGUGCCCUUGGGGGGAACUUCCCCGUGUGCUGAGGGAGGACGUGUCCCAGCCAUGGCACGGUGGCCCUGGGGACGCUGGUGGCAACCCACAGCUCUCUGCCCCUGCAAAGCCCCAGUGGGGACCAUGGAGAGGUGUCCCAAAGCCCUCCCAGACCGACUGCAGUGCUGAUGUUCCUAACUUCAGCCCUGAAACACCAAAAACAUUCACGCUGGUUCCCUGCAGCCAGGCUGUACCUGAAAGGCAGGGAGGUGCUUCUGGAAGCCCCGCUGGCAGCCACCAGCAGCUGGUGGCUUUGUCUCUCACGCCCCUGCAUGCUGGAGAGUUGGCUCCAGAGUUAGUGUCCCCAUCAGGUCACCUGCCCACCAGCAGACAGGGAAGGUUGACCUGGCCACUUCAUGGGGAGAGAGCUGAGCUGAGCUGAGUGAUGGAGCAGGAAAAGUGCAAGGAGAGGGGGAGGGAGAGAGGGCAGGGGACAGGUGAAUGGGGAGGGGCUGGGGGAGCUCAGAGUUUGGAGGCAGAAGUUGCAAAAGGUUGGUAAGGGAGGGGGAGGCAGCAGGAGGGAGGAAAGGCUAAAGAGCUGAACGUUAGUUCCAUGUGAUACCUGAAGUGUAGGUAACUGCUAGCUCCAGCGCGGAGCACCUCGUGUGCAGAUUGCCCCAGUGCCUUCACCGGCAGCAAGGAUUUAUUAAGCUCCAUCAGCAGAGUCUGCUCAGCAGCACGUGGGGCUUGGAGAUGUGCUUUUUCCACCCUUUGCUGUGCCUGACGUUUUCUGCAAUUCACAUUUUUGCAGAGGCUGUCUCCAGCGAAGGCAGCACCAAGCCAAAGCCUUGGGAGUGUCUAGCAUGGAGCAAGCAGGGCUAUUCUGGGGAAGAAAUCGUGAAUUAACCCCAGAUAUGGCUGUGUCACCACUCCCUGGUGACCUUGUGCCCUGCUCUGGGCUGAACUGGGGCAGCGCUAGUGCCAGCCCAGGCUGGGGAGUGGAGGCAGGAGGCAGUGCUGCACGUGGGGCCUUUCCUUUCCUUUGGCAUUCUGUACAUCAAAAGCUCCAUUCCAGCUGCUGCUGCUGGCGUUCUGUUCCCUCCUUCCCAAAAGACGUGCCUUCUGGAGGCAAUGCUUCCCUGUGGGGAACCAUGUGCAGGGCGCACCGAGGGGUCACAGCAGUAAGGGAGAAUCUGGUGCUGCUCCGUCCACAGCGAGAUGGCCAGGUGCAGUGAGACGGCAAAACUGCAUCGGCUCCCUUAGCUGAAGAGCAAUUCCAAAGAAACAGAACCCCGCAGGAGGAAAACCUUGCUGGCACACCUUGUGCAGGGCUGAUAGCAAUAAACACACACCCGCAAGCACACACC